ACCCGACCAUGCGCUUGAUUGAUUCAGAUCAAAAUGGCUACUUUUCACGUGAAAGCAAAGAAACCUUGGAAAACUGUAGAUUUAGACUCCUCUGGAUUUUCCCAAGAAGAUCUAGAGGGCUUGAUUAGUUUUCAAGAAUUGACAGAUUACGAAAUAAUAGGUUCCAAGAAAAAGAAAGGAAGAGAAAAAGGAAAGACCUUUGUUGAGACAGGGCAAGGUCAUGAUGCAGAUACUGAAUCACCAGAAACCUUAAAAACAAAAAAGAAAGAUGGUAACCAAAAGAAGAAGAAAAGUAAAGGAAAAAAUAAUGACACAAGUAACAGCAAAGAUAAAACACUUCAAACCAAAGACAAAAAGGUGCAAAGUAAAAAGCAAAAACAGAAAAAGAAACAUGAGAAAAAAUCUUUGGUAGAAGGAAAACAUCAGACUGUGGAAGAUGUUAAUGAAAUAAUGUUAUCUGAAAAUUUAAAUGAUAAUCAAGAAAAAAAUCAGAAAACAAAAACACAAGGAGCAAAAAGGAAAAAUACUGAUAAUACAGAAAAAGAUAAUCCUGUGAAGAAAAUUAAGUUGGAACCAUUGGACAAAGUGAAUGACAAUGAAGAAAAUAAACAAGACAAGCAUGGUGAACCAGUUGAUAAAACAUUGAAAGGAAUGGACGCUUGGAAUGAUCUUUUUGUACCAAAAGAGGUAUUAUGGGCCCUAAAGAGUCAGGGAUUUAGAGAGCCAACACCAAUACAGAGUCAGAUCCUGCCGUCUGCUAUCAGAGAUAAAAUGGACAUUGUAGGAGCUGCGGAAACAGGAAGUGGUAAAACAUUAGCAUUUGGUAUACCAGUUCUUCACUUCAUUUUAGAACAGAAAAAAAGAGAGGCAGACGAUAGUUUAAAUAAAAAUGGAGGUAUUGGGGAUUCAGAAACAGGGACUGAAAAUAGUGAUAAUGAUGGUGAUGAUGACAUUGAUGAUAACGAGGACAAUAAAGAUAAUGAUGAUAGUGAUGAUGAUGGUGCUGAUGUAGUCAUUAGUGAUGAUGAAGAAAAUAUGGAAGACAGUGGUAAUUGUGAGGAAGAGGAUGAAAGUAGUGAUGACGAUGAUUCUGAAAUAGAUGAUGUUGAUGAUGAGGAAAAGGGUGACGAUGAUAGUGAAAAUGAAUGUGAUAGUAAUGAACAACAAACUUCUGAAAAAGUUGAAGGAGAAUCAUCAGAGGAAGAAAUGGAAGGUGUAAAGGAAGAUGGUAUUGGUUGUGUGAAGGUAAUAAAGGAUGUAGAUUUCAGCUGGCUAGAGGAACCAGAGGUAAUUAAAUACCAGGCAACACACCCACGGGCACUGAUACUAGAACCUACCAGAGAACUGGCUAUACAAGUGAAAAAUCAUCUCCGAGCAGCAGCCAAAUACACUGAUAUAACAGUAGAAGCUAUUGUAGGGGGACUAGCUAUGCCAAGGCAGCAGAGAAUUUUGGAGAAAUGUCCUGAUAUCCUAGUAGCAACACCUGGUCGACUCUGGGAGCUUAUUCAACAGGGUGAAGUUUACCUGUCAGAGAUAGAGAAGACCUGCCACCUGGUGGUUGAUGAGGCAGAUAGAAUGACAGAGAAAGGUCACUAUGAGGAGCUGGCCAAACUUCUUGAGAAAAUGAAGAGAGAUCCAAACAGGCAUAACCGACAUACAUAUGUAUUCUCAGCCACACUCACUUUAAUUCACUCAGGGCCACAAAGAAUAGUGAAGAAAAAGAAGAAAAAGUGGGAUGAAAAACAGAAACUUACAUAUUUGAUGAGGAAAACAGGUUUAAAGUUCAAACCUAAGGUUGUUGAUAUAACAAGAAAAGUUGGUACAGUAGAAACAUUAACUGAGGCAAGAAUCAAUUGUACUAAAGAGGAAAAGGAUGUCUACUUGUAUUAUUUCUUGAAACAUUACCCGGGCAGGACCCUGGUAUUUACAAACAGUAAAGAUUGUAUACGGCGAUUGGUGUCUAUAUUUUCACUACUACAGUGUCAUCCUCUACCAUUACAUGCUGAUAUGCACCAGAGACAGAGAUUAAAAAAUCUAGAUAAAUUUACAAGUAAUCCUUCAUCAUUAUUAAUAGCAUCUGAUGUUGCUGCCAGAGGUUUAGAUAUCCCAAAUGUUCAACAUGUCAUACAUUACCAAGUUCCUCAUACAGUCGAGAAUUAUGUACAUAGAAGUGGACGCACUGCUAGAGCCAGUAAAGAAGGUCUUAGUAUCAUGAUAAUUGGGCCUGAUGAUGUGAAAAACUACAGAAAAAUUAUUAAAACUCUCAAUAAAGAUGAAGACCUGCCUCUAUUUCCUGUAGAACAAAAUGUUGUAACUGAGAUAAAAAGACGUGUUAACAUGGUACGCCAAAUAGAAACACAGGAAUACAGGUUUAAGAAAUCAAAGAGACACAAUGAUUGGUUCAGAAAGGCAGCUGAUGAGAUUGGUGUGGAUGUUGAGGAGGAACUUCUAGAUGACCUUGGUGAUGAUGUUGCCCAGCAACGUCAGAACAGAUACAUAAAACAGAUGAAGUCUGAACUUGCAGUUUUGUUGAAGCAACCACUUCUUAUUGGCUCAUCUUUUACCAAGUAUCCAACAAUGUCUGGUAAAUUGAUUACACCUCCAGCUAAAGAAGCAAAAGGAGAUGCACUUACACAUGCAAAAAAGAACAAGAAGUUACCAGAAGAGAAGCCACCAAAUACAAACAGAUCUAAAUCUAAAACAGAGAGGAGGCGGGAAAGAAGACAAAGUAAAAAGAAAUCAAAAAAGAACAGUGUAAAGUCUGAAAAAUAAUAGAUUAUUAAUUAAUUUAUAUGCAAGAAGUUGUGGUUGGGGUAUGAAAAUACAUUGUUAUUGAAUAUAUGUUUUGUUCUUGGCAAUAAAAAUGUAAUGAA